AUGCGGGUGAAGCCGCCGAUUUCCCAGACUUACGAGAGGAGUACAGACAAGUUCCAGUAUGAGAUUUACCUCCUGGGGCCUUGCCUACUCCUGGGCAUCCUAUGCACAGAAGAGUACACCAUCCCGGAGAUCCUGUGGACCACGUCGAUUUGGCUAGAGUCUGUGGCCAUCGUGCCGCAGCUGGUCCUGCUGCAGCAGAUGAGAGAGGUUGAAAAUCUGACGUCCCAGUUCGUUGCCACCAUGGGAGCGUACAGGGCCUUCUACAUCCUCAACUGGAUCUACCGCUACUUUGCUGAUGACUAUGUCAACUGGGUCGGCUGGGUCGGCGGACUGGUGCAGACUGUGCUCUACGCAGACUUCUUCUACUACUAUGCCCGGAGCAAGUGGUAUGGUGGGAAGUUGGUUUUGCCUGUGGCUACGUGA